ACUAACACGACUCCUGACGUAUCUGAGGAGAGAAGAGGAAAGGAGAGGAGAAAAGAGAAGAGGGACUUUUAAUGAAGACAUAGUUUAUACUAUUGGGGGUGUCUUGACUAGACAUACUCAGAAGACUCCAGAUGUGUGUAGUUAGAGUUAAGGGACUUCUAACAAUAAUCUACCAGUACUGUAGUAUCUGAUAACACAGCAAAGGUCGACAGGCAGACAUUAUUUGUCCCACGAAUGAUGUACAACAGAAUGCAGGAGUAUGCUCUGACAGAAUGACAACUCCGUGGCUUGAAACGUCCCACUCGCUCGACUACACCCUUCCGCCAGUGAUCAUUCACCUUGGUAACCACACGACGACAGCAUUGAAUAGCAACCAGUCCUGUAGUGGUGAUGACGAGUUCUUUAAGUACCGAGCCUACACUGUCACCUACCUACUGGUGUUCCCUAUGGCGUUUCUUAGCAACAUUGGAGCGCUGUUUGUGUUCCUGCGACUGAUGCCCAAACGGUCUGCGUCCUCUGUCCUCAUGACCAAUCUCGCCCUAUCGGAUGCAUGCUUCUCCCUCACCCUGCCGCUGCGAUUGGCCUACUACUUCAGAGGCGCUCGCUGGGACCUCCCUGAUUGGCUGUGCCGACUGUGUGUGUUUUGCUUCUAUCUCAACCUCUACACCAGCGUUCUCUUCCUUACUGGACUGAGCGUGCUCCGUUGGCUGGCCGUGCUGAAGCCUCUCCGUCAUCGAGCCUUGGCCACGCCCCUUCGUGCCUUAUUGGCAUGCUUGGGCAUUUGGCUGUUUGUGGGCGGCGCUUCAGUCCCAUUCCUGUUUUCGGGGACCAGGGUGAGGGCGGGACUAACACGCUGCUUCGAGCCACGUAACCCUGCCUCCUGGAAGAUGAUCUUCGUUCUCAACUACGUGGGCAUGACAUUCGGCUUCCUGAUCCCGUUCGUCACCAUCCUCGGUUGCUACGGCUGCAUCAUCCACCGACUGACAGCUACAGCCUCGUCAGCAUUAGGGUUGACUGGUAGCCUGAACAGGAACAAGAUACGUAACCAGGGGAGACGUCGGCGCCGGCGCCGGUCUCUGCGUCUGGUCGCCAUGGUGAUCUGCACAUUCCUACUGUGCUUUCUGCCCUAUCACGUGGCUCGCUCACUGCACUUGCACGCGGUGGUGGGCAGGUGGGGCUGUGUAGCUACGGCGACACUGCAGCGGGUGUUGGUGGUGACGCUGUGUCUGGCGGCGGCCAACAGUGUGGUUAACCCUCUGUUCUACUACUACUCCGGGGAGUCCUUUAGAGCGGUCAUACGCAGCGCCUCGUCACGACGACGGUCCUUCUCCUCCUCCUUCACUCAGGGCAGCCUGCUGCUCUCUCGCAGAAAGAAGACCACAAUGCAUACAACACCAACAAUGCGAGACUCACCCCUCGCUCCACCCCUAACCCUUCCUGGGUCGCUACCAGAUACACCCCUCACUCCACCCCUAACCCUUCAUGGGUCGCUACCAGACACACCCCUCACUCCACCCCUAACCCUUCCUGGGUCCCUACCAGACACACUCCUCACUCCACCCCUAACCCUUCCUGGGUCACUACCAGACACACCCCUCACUCCACCCCUAACCCUUCCUGGGUCGCUACCAGACACAACCCUCACUCCACCCCUAACCCUUCCUGGGUCCCUACCAGACACAGCCCUCGCUCCACCCCUAACCCUUCCUGGGUCCCUACCAGACACAGCCCUCGCUCCACCCCUAACCCUUCCUGGGUCCCUACCAGACACACAAAGCCGUGUGGAAGACAGUCUAUAAAGGGUUCAAAACCUAUUUGCCCUAUACCCCACCUCUACUUACAGACACUGAGACCUGAACCCCUAGCUACACUCUCCAGAAUCAGAGACACUUUGCUGCACAUGUAAAAUGGAGCCCUGAGGCCUGAACCACACACACACACCCACACAGAGACACUAACCCCCCGAGGCACUUUGUGGGUGUGCUCUCUGUUAUUUCCAUUCCCGCUGACCGGCCGGCAGUUGCUCAUCCCUGCAAUAGGCCGUGCAGCCACAGGUGCCGGGCCUACUUUUGUUUGAUUGUUUAUUAUUCCAGUGUUAAUCAUUACACUCUUCAUAGAUGUAUCAUAUAGGUCAAAAACUGUGUUGCACAAGUCCCACAGGCUCACAUUUGUAGGUAAAAUGUAAUAAUAUCUUCAGUUGAUCAUAGUGAUUAACAAAUGUUGCCUAGAUAAUACAUAUUUWGUUUUUUCCUUGACAUUGAAGUGACAGAUAACUAUAUUUGAUGCAAGAGCUUCGAACACCACGAACACCACCUCACAAAAGACCUCAUCCAACAUCAAGAGGCUCUUGUCCAGUUUGACAUUGCAUAUAAAGUUACCAGGACCAUUGGAGACCAGGCAGACCUCAUGCAGAGAUUUGAUAAAGACUGUUGGCUGAAGCCAGAGUCUGGAAAGCACUCAAUCUCAAGGACAUCUGAGGAUAUCAACCAUAAGUGUGCUUCUUGAUCAGGUGUGUACCUGAUCAAGAUUACUUUGACACCUGUCAGGUUUUACCAAAGCUUCCAGAACAUCCAAAUAAACCUGUUGCGCAAAUUGGACUAUGAGUAACUAGUGUUGUGGAUCAGCAACCACAAACUGAAAUUACACCGUGAGAAGAACAAACUCUCUGCUCAUUUGGCACACAGACAGAGGCCCAAAGUUGACAGUUGAUUUCAGCUGUAGUGCUGAGACCCUAGAAUAGAAAUUGUUAUCUUAAAUGCCACAGUUAGAGAAGUAAUGUAAGAAAUGGGAAAGAAUAAGUAGUACUGAAACCAAUGACAAUGUAGACUCACAAAAUGUGUAUUUAUUUUUAUAAUGUUCAGUGGCGUGUUUUCAUGGUUGCCAAGGGAAGCCAGGCUUCCCACAAAAAAUUUACCAAAAAUAAAUAAWKAAUUUAUCUUUCA